UUUACCGCCCACCUUGUUCUCUGCACAGCACAGGGGACCGCAAUGAUUCGAUCCCGCUCACGUCAGUCAGAACAUUUUCUUUGACAGAGAACAAGCAGAGAGGCGGCGACCAGUUGUGUGUUUUUCCGUGUGAAAAAAAGGUAGAACGGAGCUAAAAACAAACAAACAAACAAAAAAAACAACAACAGAAAGAAUGAUGUCGGCGACUUGUAUCACCCAGUCUAUGUGCAUUGUGGUGCUUACCAUUUUUGUCCUGGGAUUAAUCUGGGCGAGGCCGAUUGAUGCGAAUCAAGAGCCUGGUACCGUCAUUCCAGCUGAGAGUCGCCCCUGUGUGGACUGUCAUGCGUUUGAAUUCAUGCAGAGGGCGUUGCAGGAUUUAAAGAAGACGGCGUUUAACCUUGACUCAAGGGCUGAAACUCUUCUGUUGAGAACGGAGAAGAGAGCUCUCUGUGAUUGCUUUCCUACCAAUGCACUCAACUGAGCAGACAUCUUCAAGGGAAUGAGCAGCUGGGCUCAUAACAACAAUAACAAUAAAAAUCGUCAGCAGUGAUCUGUAUACAUCAUGGAAAGGAGCGCUGACCAUGUUUUUCAAAAUCCACUUUCUUACCUUUAUUAACACUGUCAACAUUUACACUGUUUCCCAUUGGGUAUAUGUUGGUUCUUUGCUUGCUUUUCUACUUUAGUGCAGGAUAUUGAGAUCAUUUUUAACAACACAAGAACAUUAGAAAUAGUACAUCUGCACAUGUCUGGGAGCAUCCAGUGCUCUGUGUAUGUGGUAAUGACUGCAGCUCUCAAAAACGGAGCUAUGAACACAUUACUGUUUGCCUAUUUUGUCCAAAGCAAUGUUAAUGCUUUAAAACUGUAAUAAAAGCAUGUAUGAAUGGGUCAAACUUUGUAUGAGCUGUGAUUGUCCUGCGUGCGUGUGACUUCUCCAAGUCUAUGGUUCGCUUUUUAUCCAAAAAAAUGAGCCGAAGUAGUGCAUAAAUGAGGUGCUUGCUUUAGCACAUUAAAAAGAAGGAUCAUUUUAAUUUAAUGCAGGGUUGUGUACAAAAUCUGCAGAGCCAUUUGUAGUUUAGAUUUAAAAGUCACCACUACCCAUGGUACAGUUAGGAGAACAUCAGUAGCAGUUCCUGCUUUUUUUGUUUGUGUGUAUCUGUAUGCGGUAAAUAUGGGGAAAAUACUAGGCUUGCAAACGUCUCAAAUACAGUAUUACAUGUUUAAUGCUUUUAGAAUGCCUUUGUUUUUGCCUAUUGCCAUGGCUUUUGUACUGUUGGUAAACAUGAAAGUGACCAUUAUUUUCACUGUUUGGAAUCAGUUUUUGUUUAACCUGUAUUAAAACACACACCUGUA